UUCUGUUCUCAUUUUUAUUGUCGUCACGUCUGUUUAUGCGGCCUCACGAGCUGCUCGGCAAACUGCUGGCCUCGGUGACCGAGGGCAAGUGUUUGGAGACAUUGGUCGCCCUGUUGGCCGAGUGGACGCAGAAGUUCCCAUACGAUUAUCGUGACGAGCGCAUGAUGAAUCAUGUAAAACAUAUCGUUGCUAGAUGUUCCAAUUCACAUUUAGAAGCCAUAGUCUCCCAAGUACUAAGUGCCUUACUUCAACGUUUGACUGAUUUAGAGCAGCACGAGGCCGAUCUGCGUGCCUGCCAGACCAACAGUGACAAGGUCGUUGCACCACUCAACUGCCCCACAGCCACUCAAUAUGCACAAAUAUUGUGCCGACUGGAAAAGAAGCUGGCCAAGCACAUUGGCCCAGAGGAGUUUGUGCAGUGCAGCAGCAUGGUGCUGUUGGACAAGCAG